CAAGAUUUGCACAGGUUUACUAAAAUUGGUACGUGAAGUGAGAGGGAGCAUCAAUGGACGAGCCGAAACCCGUGCCCCAGAGCAGGAAGAGACCUCUUCCACAUUCUCCCUAUUACAAGAUGCGUCAACUUCUCAAAGACCUUCGCCCCCAUUUCAUCGACGUGCUUAAGACCCCUGACUUUCGAAAUUGCCAAGCAGCUGAUGAAAUCCGUCAAGGGAUGAAACUUCUGAUGGAACUAAUACUAUACCAAGAGACGACAGAAAAGGCUGUUAAGCUGGAAAAAUGCAGCAACAGUGACAAUGUCGAUGCCAAGAAAGCAGUGAAACCUGUUGACAAUCCUCUGCUGGACGAUGUUAUGUCUGCCCUGCCUCCAGAAACUCAGGAACAAAGAACAGUCAUCAUUGGGGGCUCUGCUUUCGGGUGGAACUUCAUAACGUGCCAUGGCAGAAGAGCUGUCUACUACGGGCGAACAAAAGAAGCUUUUCGGGCACUAAAUCCCAAGUCUAGCUGAAUAUGUAACUAAUGGUUGUAUAACGUGUGUUAGGUAAUGUACAAUUUAUGUCAAAAGCUACGUUUUGCAGGUUUCAAUCUUAAAUGUAGAGAAAAAUGUUGGAAAUUAGUAUUGAUGUAUUCUGCUUUCAUUCUUUGCAUAUCUUGUCAGCUCUAAUCCUCUACUCAUUAAUUACGUAUUAGAUAAAUAAUGCUUGACCUGUGUA